GUGAAACUCCUGGAAGUUGCGGGCGCUCGGGGAGCCGCGCCGGGCCGCGCGCCCAUGGCUCUGAGCAAGGCGCUGCGGCUGCUCGGGCGGCUGGAGGCCUCGGGGGAGAGCAGCGUCCUGCUGGAGGCGCGCGGCCGCAGGGACUGUCUGCUCUUCGAGGCCGGCACGGUGGCCACGCUCGCCCCCGAAGAAAAGGAGGUCAUUAAAGGCCAGUACGGGAAGCUGACCGAUGCUUACGGCUGCCUGGGGGAGCUCAGACUGAAGUCCGGUGGCACCUCCCUGAGCUUCCUGGUUCUGGUGACAGGCUGCACAUCCGUGGGCAGAAUCCCAGAGGCCGAAAUCUACAAAAUCACUGCCACCGACUUUUACCCUCUCCAGGAAGAGGCCAAGGAGGAGGACCGCCUCGCGGCCUUGCGGAAGAUCCUCAACUCAGGGGUCUUCUACUUCUCCUGGCCCAAUGAUGGGUCUUGCUUCGACCUCACCGUCCGGGCGCAGAAGCAGGGUGAUGACAGCUCCGAGUGGGGGAACUCCUUCUUCUGGAACCAGCUGCUGCACGUGCCUCUGAGGCAGCACCAGGUGAACUGCUGUGACUGGCUGCUGAAGGUCAUCUGCGGGGUGGUGGCCAUCCGCACGGUGUACGCCUCUCACAAGCAGGCCAAGGCCUGCCUCAUCUCCCGCAUCAGCUGCGAGCGUGCCGGCGCUCGCUUCCACACCCGCGGCGUGAACGACGACGGCCACGUGUCCAACUUCGUGGAGACGGAGCAGACGAUUUACAUGGAUGAUGGCGUGUCGUCUUUUGUCCAGAUCAGAGGCUCCGUUCCGCUGUUUUGGGAGCAGCCUGGGCUUCAGGUUGGCUCCCAUCAUCUGAGACUCAGCAGAGGCCUGGAGGCCAGCGCCCCUGCCUUCGACAGGCAUAUGGUGCUUCUGAAGGAGCAAUACGGGAAGCAGGUGGUCGUGAACCUGCUGGGCAGCAGAGGUGGAGAGGAAGUGCUCAACAGGGCCUUCAAGAAGCUGCUCUGGGCUUCCUGCCACGCCGGCGACACGCCUAUGAUCAACUUUGACUUCCAUCAGUUUGCCAAAGGCGGGAAGCUCGAGAAAUUGGAGAACCUCCUGCGGCCCCACUUGAAGCUGCACUGGGAUGACUUUGACGUGUUCACCAGGGGCGAGAAUGUAAGUCCCCGUUUUCAGAAAGGCACUUUGCGGAUGAACUGUCUCGACUGCCUGGACCGAACCAACGCGGUGCAAAGCUUCAUCGCCCUCGAGGUCCUCCAUCUACAGCUUGAGAGCCUCGGGCUGAACUCAAGGCCCAUCGCUGACCGCUUCGUGGAGUCCUUCAAGGCCAUGUGGUCUCUGAACGGGCACAGCCUGAGCAAGAUGUUCACGGGCAGCCGGGCCCUGGAGGGGAAGGCCAAGGUGGGCAAGUUGAAGGAUGGGGCCCGGUCCGUGUCUCGCACGAUCCAGUCCAACUUCUUCGACGGGGUGAAGCAGGAGGCCAUCAAGCUGCUGCUGGUCGGGGACGUCUACAGCGAGGAGUCUGCGGACAAAGGGAGGAUGCUGCUGGACAACCCGGCCCUGCUGGUGACUCCCAAGAUCCUGAGAGCCAUGUCGGAGCGCCAGUCGGAGUUCACGAAUUUCAAGCCGGUGCGCGUGGCUGUGGGCACCUGGAAUGUGAACGGCGGGAAGCAGUUCAAGAGUAACCUGCUGGGCACGGCCGAGCUGGCCGACUGGCUGCUGGACGCACCCUCGCUCUGCCGAGUCGCCGGACCCCCUGAUGACAGCGGCAGUCCGGCUGACAUAUUUGCCGUGGGGUUCGAAGAGAUGGUGGAGCUGAGUGCGGGGAACAUCGUCAACGCCAGUACCACCAACAGGAAGAUGUGGGGUGAGCAGCUCCAGAAAGCCAUCUCGCGCUCUCAUCGGUACAUUCUCUUGACUUCGGCACAGCUGGUGGGCGUCUGUCUUUACAUCUUUGUGCGCCCGUACCACGUCCCCUUCGUCAGGGAUGUGGCGAUCGACACGGUGAAGACGGGGAUGGGAGGGAAGGCAGGGAACAAGGGCGCCGUGGCCAUCCGCUUCCAGUUCCACAGCAGCAGCUUCUGCUUCGUCUGCUGCCACCUGACCGCCGGGCAGUCGCAAGUGAAGGAGCGGAAUGAGGACUACAGGGAGAUCACCCAGAAGCUGAGCUUCCCCAUGGGAAGAAACAUUUUCUCUCACGAUUAUGUGUUUUGGUGUGGUGAUUUCAACUACCGCAUUGAUCUCACUUACGAAGAAGUCUUCUAUUUUGUUAAACGCCAAGACUGGAAGAAGCUUCUGGAAUUUGAUCAGCUACAGCUGCAGAAGUCAAGUGGAAAAAUUUUUAAAGACUUUCACGAGGGCACCAUUGACUUUGGACCCACCUACAAGUACGACGUGGGCUCCGCUGCCUACGACACGAGUGACAAGUGCCGCACCCCCGCCUGGACGGACAGGGUCCUGUGGUGGAGAAAGAGGUACCCUUCCGACAGAACAGCUGGAGAACUCAACCUUCUAGACAGUGAUCUGGACGCCGGCACCCACCUCAGACACACCUGGUCUCCCGGUGCCCUCAAGUAUUACGGCCGGGCAGAGCUGCAAGCGUCUGACCACAGACCCGUGCUGGCCAUCGUGGAGGUGGAAGUGCAAGAAGUCGACGUGGGGGCUCGGGACAGGGUGUUCCAGGAAGUGUCCUCUUUCCAGGGCCCCCCCGAUGCCACCGUCGUCGUCAAUCUGCAGUCGCCAAGCGCAGAAGAGAAGGACGAGUUUCCUGAGGACGUGCGCCUGGAGCUCAUGCAGACCCUGGGGAAUUACGGGACAAUCGUGCUUGUCAGGAUCAACCAAGGGCAGAUGCUUGUGACUUUUGCCGACAGUCACUCGGCGCUCAGUGUCCUAGAUGUGGACGGAAUGAAGGUGAAGGGCCGAGCCGUGAAGAUCAGACCAAAGACCAAGGACUGGCUGAAAGGUUUGCAAGAGGAGAUCAUCCGAAAGCGGGACAGCAUGGCCUCCGUGUCCCCCACGGCCAACUCCUGUCUGCUGGAGGAGAACUUCGACUUCACGAGUCUGGACUAUGAGUCGGAAGGGGAUAUUCUCGACGACGACGAAGACUAUCUGGCGGAUGAGCUGAGUCAGCCUGUGGUCUCAGACAGUGAUCCAGGGGGAGACGAGGUCUCCGAUGCCCCCAGCUCUACCUCCGCGGCACCUCCCAGCAGGUCACCGGCACUCGCCAAGAAGCAGCAGCGUCCGACCUACAAAGAUGAUGCCGACCUGGUGGAGAUAAAGCAGGAGCUGGAAGCAGUUGGGGACUUCCGCCACCGCUCUCCAAGCAGGUCUCUGUCGGUUCCCAGCCGGCCUCGGCCACCUCACCCUCCGCAGAGACCCCCCCCUCCAACUGGUUUCAUGGUGAAAAAAUCAGCCUCGGAUGCCUCCAUCUCCUCCGGCACUCACGGGCAGUACUCAAUUUUGCAGACAGCAAAACUCCUGCCGGGAGCCCCUCAGCAACCGCCCAAAGCAAGGACUGGGAUAAGUAAGCCUUAUAACGUCAAGCAGAUCAAAACGACCAGUGCUCAGGAGGCGGAAGCAGCCAUCCGAUGUCUCCUGGAAGCCAGAGGAGGAGUCCCAGGAGAAGCCCUAAAUACUCCAGCCUUAAGGGACAAGGGAUCUUCCAAACCAGAGCCCACAGCGGGGGUGGCGCCUCUUCUGCCCCGUCGGCCUGCCCCCAGGGUUCCUGCCAUCAAGAAGCCAACCUUGAGGAGGACAGGAAAGCCCGCGUCACCGGAAGAACAGCUUGGGCAUCAGGCCGUCCAUUUUACAAUCGGGCCCCCAGAGUCGAGCCCUGACACCCCUCCACUAGCGACAGUCCCUCCGGUUCCCAAACCGAGAACCCUUCAGCUGCGGAAAGGUGCCCCCAGGAAGCCCGCUUCUGACGAGGCUCCGCCCACAACCACCCCGCCCAUCCCGGAGGCCCCGCCCAUGCCCCCCCCGCCCACUCCGGAGGCCCCGCCCCGCGUGAUGCCGAAGGUGCCCCCGCGCAGGAAGAAGUCGGCGCCAGCGGCCUUCCACCUCCAGGCGCUGCAGAGCAGCUGCCAGCUUCUCCAGGGGCUCCCCUGCAGCGACGGUCCCCCCACAGCCCCGCCUGCCGGGGGUGCGCUCUCUCCACAGCCGGCUUUCCUGGGCGUUUCAUCAUCACCUGCAAGCCCCGAGGCUGAUGGCACCACGGACAGAAAAUCAGUGGGUGCCCCUCUUCUCGGUGACUGUCAGGAUCCCUUCUGGAGCCUCCUCCACCACCCUAACCUGUUGAAUAAUUCCUGGCUUUCCAAGAGCUCCAAUCCCCCAGACUCGGGGGCCGGGAACCUCGGAAGGGUGCACUCAGCCCCUUUGCAAAUCAGUGCCUCACCAGCCCAGGAGCCGCCCCCGGAGCACAGACCAAAAGACGUCGGUUCCUGGGUGACAGUCAGCGACAAGGACAAGAGAACGGUGCUGCAGGUGUUUGACCCGCUGACGAAAACCUGACGGGAAAACCCACCGCCGCUCCUCUGCAGGAUGCCUGCCUCCUUCCCUCCCUCCACUUUACAGGGGGAAGGCCCACUGCCCUCAGCCCCACCUGGAAAGAGACAUUAGUUAAAGGCACACCGAAAAACAUGGGUACUCCUGUGUAGUUUACAAAACUUGUGUCUCUUACUCGAUACGAUUAUUACUCAGCCACCAAGAUACGUUUCAUUGCAGACUUGUGCAUGUUCCGUCUCCUCUCAGGGUAUGAGAAACCUCCAGGUAGAUUCAGCCUGUGGAUUUUAGGAAAGGAAACCUAGCCCCUAAUGCCCAGGAAGCUCCUUCCCACUGAAUUUUAAAUGAUUGUUUAAUUUAUGUGUGUAUGUGGUGUGGUUUUUAGAAAAAUAAUUGUUUGCAGUUUACAGAUUUGGAAUAACUUUUUGGUGACCCACUGAAGGUUGAUGCCUACAGGAUUACAUUAGAAGGUGGCUGGGAACAUUGAGAGCUGGGCCUGGCCAACACCAGGUUAAAAAAAAAAAAUACCAGAGUAGGAAGCAGCAAAUAGGUUCACCAAAAGACAAGACUAUACAUUCCCAACAGCUGUUGUGUUUGUUUAUGUACGUGUAUAUUAACCACGAUGGUGUGCAAGUCUUCAGGGAGAUGGUGGCAUUCCCUGCUACGGUUCUGGAUCAUAUACCAUUAGGUUCACCCGAGCUCCAGCUGGCUAGAGCCUCCUGUCCCAUGUCUUAGACUUUGCAUGUCCCAUAAAUUGCUGCAAUCCUAAGCUCUGGUGUGCUACAGAUUUUUCACAUUCUCUAUUCCCUAUUGAAUAAAACCUCAUGGGCUUCUUUUCCCCCUUAUUUUCCAUAUCCGGUAAAAGCACAGAUUGUGAAAACUCAUACUGGCACAUAAUAUUGAGUCUCAUCAUCAUAAUUUGAAGAAUAUUUGUUUUAGUCUGGUCUACCUGACUGUGGUUUCAGGAAGGAAACCACCAUAUGUCCCAAGUAUAAGAAACCCCAGGAUAUCCUGAGUUAACUUAUCAUCUACAUUUUAAUAGGGUGUUUUUUUUCCUCCUAUACGUUUCCAGCACCACCUCUGAACUAUUCAGUUCAGUUCAGUUCAGUCACUCAGUUGUGUCCGAUUCUUUGUGACCCCAUGGACUGCAGCACACCGGGCUACCCUGUCCAUCACCAACUCCUGGAGCUUGCUCAAACUCAUGUCCAUUGAGUCGGUGAUGCCGUCCAACCAUCUCAUCCUCUGUCGCCCCCUUCUCCUCCUGCCUUCAGUCUUUCUUAUUCGGUCAUCUAGAAAGACAUUGCCAUGCUGCUUUACAUUUCUAAAAGAAUGUUAGGAGGCCUGGAAGUCUUUGGGAACAGACUUCACAAUUUUGCUGAUAAGAAAUUGGCAAGAUCGUAGUGUACCACAUACCACAUAGGCAUCUUUCAUGUCAUAGAAUCAAAAAUCAAUGAACCAGGGAAUUCCUGUAUUCAGAGUUAAUGGUUUUGUUGUUGUUGCAGUAAUCAUCGUGACGGGGGAAAUGCCACUCUCCUACUAAUCAAACCUCUGGGGUUUCAGAAUUAACUUUCAUCGCCACUAUCAAGAUACAGUACAGAUUAUUUAAGUCUGGCACUCAAGACAAAAACAAAGCUAUAUCUCAUUUCACCUGAAAACUAAGAAAAAGAUACUAGUGAGCCAUGGAGAUAAGCAGAUAAUGUGAGUAGUUAACUCGGUCAUAAAAAAUGGUGUUUUUAGCCUUAGCUGAUUAGGACACCUUCUCUAGCACUUACCUCCUUUAUAUCAUUUUUACGUCUCUAAGAAGUGUAAGAAGUAAACAUAAUCAUUGAAAGAGUUGGGAGAGAGGCCGCAGGAUAGGGGAUAGGCUUUGGAAAAAGGUAAAAUCAUUUGCAGGAUUCACAUUGCUUUUAAAGGGUACAGUUGAGACUAGAAUCAAAGAUUUCUUAAUUCAAAUACUGUUUUCUCUAUAACCUCUUUCCUGCUAAAAAGGAGGUGAAUAUGAAGGCAUAUCUGUGUAUUAAGUCAGAAAAAGCAAGGGUGGGGGGCAGUAAGCACCACAAAAGUUGCUUCUAGGGCUUAAUUUUCAGGUUUCUUCUUUGUUCUAGACAACAAAUAGCCAAUAAACGGUACUGAGAACAGAACUUCAUUUAAGAUAGGUGUUCAUCACACAUUCAAAGAAUCUGACAGUAAGCAUUUACACACUUGUGUUGAGGCAGGUCGAAGGAAAAAUUAUAAGUAGUUUAACAUGAAAUGAAUACUAUUUGAUCAUGGCUGUUCAGAUUUAAUGAAUAACAGAGACUGGGUUUUGAGUUGAUAAUAUGUAAGGUUCUCACACUCACAUUCUCUUAAAAAGUGACAACUGGAAUUGUCUUGUUUUUUAAAUCAUUGCUUAACAGUUGGUAUCUUUCCUAGGCUGGCAGUGGAAUUGGUUGAAUAAUCUUGACAGUGAGCAGCUGGCAUCCUGGGGAUUUCAUUCUGGGGUUUUUAUUUUUAAUCUUUCUUUGAUGCUCCCACAUCAGCCUUCUUAUUGUGAUCUUGCAGUUUAUUUCAUUACUGUUCUGUAAGGUGUUACUGUUCACCGCAGAGUAUUUUAGGCACAGACUUGAUAAUUUGGCAUUGUCUCCCUGAACCCAAUUAAAUUCCUUUUUACAACAUAAUCUUCCCAAACUUCUUGCCUAUUUGAAAAAAAAUUGUUCCAGUAAAUUACUGAAACUGGGACAUCUGCCCAAGUGACUCCUGUGAAAGGUUAAAGUUGUUGAAGUUCAAGACACUUAAAAUUCUCCUGACCUGUGUAUAAGUAAUAAGCAAGGUAAUGUAUAAAAACAUUUCUUUUGUAAUAAAGUAAUUCUAUUAAAAAGGAAAGCUGCAAAAAUUGCUUACUGAAUCUUACUGGAUGACUAGCAAUGAAUAAAAACUCUUUAUUUGAAGUGAUAAUUUGUACUGAAAUUGUAAAAAAACACCUAUUAAAUGUUUUGUCUU